GUUAGGGAAAGGGGAUCGGGGAACGACACGCCGCUUUCCUCUCAUGUUUAUAUUUCAUUAAUCGGCUGUUUUCGCAGCCCCUUUAUUACUUUACAGCCGUAAUGGAGAAUAAAGCAGAAAAUAUUAGUUCUAUUCCCAUCGACGGAUUCAGUAAUUUGAGGAUAACUUCGAUAUGGACGUUUCUACUUUCUGUGCAGUGGUCAGAGCGUUGGCUCGUUGGGCUUCUGCUGUUUCAUCUGCUGUGUUUGCUUUUGACUGUAGUGACCUGCAGGUAUUAUAAGGCUCAGAUCUGCCACUUCCUGCUUAUCGUUGGCCUUGUUUACUGUGCUGAAUAUCUGAAUGAACUAGCAGCCAUGAACUGGAGGGCCUUUUCAAAUUUCCAGUACUUUGACUCCAUGGGGAUGUUCAUUUCAUUGGUCUUUUCCAUUCCUCUUCUGUUUAAUGCCAUGAUCAUUGUGAUGGUGUGGGUGUACCGGACAUUUUCUACCAUGACUGAACUGAAAACUCUUCAGCUGAAGAGAAAGGCCCAGCGACAGAGAAGACAGAAGGAAGACUGAAUUUUAGGAUCUUUCUUCUGCUGUUUUAUGUUUUUGAAAAGGAAGAAUGCAGCUUUCUUUAUUUGGGACUUGAAAAAUUAUUUUCUGCUUUUUCACAGUUAUUGGAAAACAGUGCUGCUAUUUGGGAACGGGACCCGUUUGGAGUGAUUUUUGUGCCUUUAUUCCAAACGUAACUUGGACUGUUUUGAUUGAAAAUAGGUAUUUGUUUUAACAAUUAUUUUUCUCUUGAAACUCCAAAAUACGUACAAUCAAAACAAUUUUCUCUUGAGAGAGAAAAAAAAAGUUUUAAUUGCACAUAUUUUUAAGCUUCAAGAGUGAAUUUGUUUUGUUUUGCACAUAUUUUUGAGUUUCAAGCGCAUUUUUCUGUUUCAAGUGCAAAUUUUUUUUUUAAGCACAACAUUUUUUAAGUUUAUGAAUGGUGAGGGUUGUGCUAGGAAUAAUGGCACAAAAAUCCCUCCAUAGAGAUAGUAAAAAUGUUUACUGCUUCCAUUAUUUUCUAUUUUGUCUUAAACUUCAGAUAAAGUUUUUUUUUCCUA